UGACGUAUACGGUUGUAGAAUGGAAGGACCGCCAGUAGCCGCCGCUCCAUACUGUUGCCAAAUUACAUCGCCUGUGAUUGCAGAGCUCUGUGCAACAGACACAGACACAGUCCCACCACCCGUUCCUCAAUUUUGGCGGUUUUGAAAGGCUGAAACCACACAACGCCCUUUUCAGCAGCGAUAACUUCUCGUUCUGCUUCCUUGUUACGAUUCUUGCCUUAAACCCAAAUCUAUUAUUCCUAUCAAAGUCUUGUCCUGUGCUUUGCAAUCUCAUCAUUUCUUUGUGAAGCCAUGAAGUUAUUUAGCUGGGUAUUUUUGGUCUUCUUUUUUCAUUUGUUAAGUCAAACUUUUAGCUUAAAUGAGAUGCCAUUGCAUAUCUCAACAAAGUUUCUCGAUUAUGCGAAGAAAGAGGAGAUUGUCAAUUGGACGGUGGGUAUAAGGAGAAAGAUACAUGAGAACCCAGAAUUGGGCUAUGAGGAAUUUGAAACUAGUAAGCUUAUUAGAGCAGAAUUGGAUAAAAUGGGUGUUAAAUAUAAAUACCCACUUUCAGUUACUGGCGUGGUCGGCUUCAUUGGAACUGGCAAACCUCCUUUUGUUGCAAUAAGGGCGGACAUGGAUGCUCUUGCGAUGCAGGAAAUGGUAGAGUGGGAGCACAAGAGUAGAGUUCCUGGGAAGAUGCAUGCUUGUGGACAUGAUGCUCAUGUCAGUAUGCUUCUAGGUGCAGCGAAGAUUCUUCAAGAGCAUCAGGAAGAAAUAAAGGGUACAGUUGUUCUUGUCUUCCAACCAGCUGAGGAAGGAGGUGGUGGGGCAACGAAAAUGAUAGAUGCAGGAGCAAUAGAGAAUGUCAGUGCUAUCUUUGGGCUGCAUGUCAAUCCCGGGUUGCCAAUAGGUUAUGUGGCUUCCAGACCUGGUCCUGUACUGGCUGGGAGUGGCUUCUUUGAAGCAGUGAUAAGUGGCAAAGGAGGUCAUGCUGCCAUUCCUCAGCACUCAAUAGACCCAAUAUUGGCAGCUUCUAAUGUGAUUGUGAGCUUACAGCAUCUUGUUUCAAGGGAAGCUGAUCCACUGGACUCACAGGUGGUUACUGUUGCAAAGUUCCAAGGGGGUGGUGCGUUCAAUGUUAUUCCAGAUUCUGUUACAAUUGGUGGCACCUUCCGAGCCUUUUCAAAAGAAAGCUUUAUGCAACUUAGGCAGCGUAUUGAGGAGGUCAUCACAGGGCAAGCUUCUGUACAGAGGUGUAAAGCAUCUAUUGAUUUCCUCUUGGAUGAGAAACCCUUUUUCCCUCCUACCAUAAACGAUAAAAAAUUGCACGAGUAUUUCAAAAAUGUUGCAGGAAGUGUGCUUGGCAUUGAUAAAGUUAAAGAUAUGGCACCAGUGAUGGGAUCUGAGGAUUUUGCCUUCUACCAAGAGGUGAUUCCUGGAUACUUCUUCUUCAUUGGAAUGCAGAAUGAGACGCGGAAACAGCUUCAAUCUCCACACUCACCCUUAUUCGAAAUCAACGAAGAUGUCCUUCCUUAUGGUGCUGCACUUCAUGCAUCAUUGGCAGUUAAUUAUCUUCUCGAAUUCCAACGAGAAGUUCCUUUGCCGGAGGAAAAACGUCACGAUGAACUGUGACUUGACUUCAAAUUUGAUAUAAAUAGAUUGUUGACUUGGAAGCUUAAAAACUUUUCAGCUCCCCAUUCUGGUUCUUGCUUAUGCUGUGUAAUUUGAUUUUCUUUUUUUCUUUUUCUUAUUUAAGUGCUUGCAACUGGUUAGUCAAUUUCAGGAUAUUAAACUUUUUCGAGUCUGUCUAGCUUGGCUUGGUCCAGUAGCCGAAAAAGAAUGAAAGAAAGAAAAAGAAAUCUUUCCCUCUA